AGGGGGCUGACGUCACAAGUCAGGUGGGGCAGGGAGGCUACUUGAGGGGGAGCCUAAAAACGAGAUUUCUUGAGCAGGGGUUCCUCCUAUCAUCCUAGUCAUCCAUCGGGAUCGGAUCUUCUCUUUGGGUUAAGCUUCCUCAUCAACUAACUCGCCAUGGGUGACGAAGACAAGAAAGAGAAGAAGAAGAAGACCAAGAAGAAGGAAGCCGAAGAAGCCGCUCCUGAAGCCGCUCCCGCCCCAGCUUCCAAGCCCGCUUCUCAAAAGAGGAGGGCGCAGCGAUCAGGCAGUAAUGUCUUCGCUCAAUUCACACCUCACCAGGUCCAAGAGUUCAAAGAAGCUUUCCAACUUAUUGACCAAGAUAAGGAUGGAUUCAUCUCCAAGGCUGACAUCAGAGCUACAUUUGAUUCCCUUGGUCGCCUGACCACUGAUCCCGAGCUUGAUUCCAUGAUGUCUGAAGCCACCGGCCCCAUCAACUUCACCAUGUUCCUUACCAUCUUCGGUGACAGGAUAUCCGGAACCGAUGAGGAAGAUGUCAUUGUCAACGCUUUCAACUUGUAUGAUGAAGGUGAUGGCAAAUGCCGAGAAGAGACACUCAAGCGCGCCUUGACAACAUGGGGCGAGAAGUUCUCUGAGGCUGAGGUUGAAGAGGCCCUCUCUGAAGCUCCCAUUGACAGCAAUGGACUCAUCGACAUCAAGAAAUUCGCCAACAUCCUCACCAAGGGAGCAGAAGAAGAAGAGGGAGGUUAAAUAUCUGGGACCUUUUAACCAGAAAGAAGACUUCAAGGGGAAUUAUUUACAGCUUCAAAGGCCUUUCCAAUCAGCACUCAUUUCCACCUAUUGUGCUCUAUCAUCUCUUGCUUUCGCUAAAAUUGAAAGACUUUUUAUUCCCAAAGGCCUGCUUGUGAAUGCGUCGCCUUGAGCUCUUCUAUGUAUCAAAUUUCUUUCCAUAUGUCUAUCAAUUGGAAUAAAAGCAAAUAAUUUCACUUUUUA